GAACGCAAACGAAAAGGCGAGUUAGAAAAACCAGAUCGCGCUAGCCUAGCCAGCCGCUCCGCUGCCCCGGCCCCCACCAGAGCAGAGGCCGCCACACCCUCUCGUCCCUUCCCCACCCCUCCUUCUCCUCCGCUCCCCUCGCGCGGCGCGGAAGAAGGCCAAGGGGGACGGCAGGAAGGAAGAGGAGGCUUCGAGAUUUUUGCGGAACCCCCACGCCACCCCCCGCUCUCCACACCACCACCACCACCACCAUCACCGUGUCCUCAUAGCCCUGCCUCCCGCGUAGGGUUUGCGCGCGCCACCGUCUCCAGUCCAAUCCCAGCACCACCCGUCCUACCGCCGCCGCAUUCGGAGCUCUGCAUCUGCCCUGCAGCCCGAUUCGCCAAUCACCGCCGACCUCCUCGCCGUACCGGUUCGGGGGGAUUUCGGUUUCCGUUUCCCACUGUUACUGUUGCUGGUUGUAUCGGGGAUCUGGGGAGGAGUGUUUGUUUUGGUGCUGAUUGUUUGUGGUGAUUUGGGCGUGAUUAUCCAGGCUGAGUGGUGUUGGUGAUGUCGGGUGAUUAGAUUUGGGGGUGGAUUGGUUGAAGGGAUUCGGCUUAUUAUUUUUUGUUUGGGCGCCUAGCUUCUCUCUGCUAUUGGAUUGGGAUCCAUGAUCGAGAUUGCUCUGUGAAGUUUUUGGUCCUUGGGAUUGUGUUUUUUUGAUCGGCCCGGACCAGGAAUAGAGGGUUCUCUUGAGGAGAUCUAGGGCCGCGUGUUCUAUCGUCCUCUGUAGAUAAAAAAAAAUCAAAAAAAAAGAAAAAAAGGAAAAAAGGAAAAAAAAAAGAGAGAGCGAGGGAUAGAGGAGGUAGUAGAAGGGAGGUUGGAGGCUAUGGCGCUGAAUUGCUCGUCACGCUCGCUCCUGGUGACUGAUGAUUGUGCCGGCAUGAUGCUUGGUUGUGGGUGCCGGUCGGAGGAGGCCUCCCCUCUUUCAUCCUGCGGGGUGAAUUCGCUGUGGUGGGAUGAGCUGGAGCUGGAGCUGGAGGAGGAGGUGGAGUCGGAUCCUGUGGAUCUCUUACCCACGGACCCCUUUGGGAUGAACUUGGAGACUACGUUCACAGCUGCGAUUGCCAGUUGCAUUGGAGACCUCACGGUCAUGUCUGGUGCUGGGCAUUUUGGAAGCAGUGACGAUGAUGAUUUCUAUGCAGACCUGAGUUAUUACUUGAAUCAGGCUUUUGUGCUCACUCCGGAGCCAUGGAGUGGUGCCUAUACCGGUGUUUUUGAGGAUUCUUUUGUGUCUGGAGGCCUCUCAGGUGCUGGAGGCAUGGAACAGUUUUCACGGUUGCCUCCUAUUGCAUCCUGCUCAGAGCCUAUAGGGGUCACAGAGGACCCAUCUAGCUCUUGUGACACAGCCUUGCCAUGCUGUGAUAUGGUUGAUGUUGCUCCUGUCCAGGAGGGAAAUGAUGCCCAUGAAGCAAUGGUGUUUGUUCUGAGCUAUCUUGGCUUACGAGACAUUCUUGCUGUUGAGAUGGUGUGCAAGUCACUACGUUCAGCUGUCCGGAACGAACCCUUUUUAUGGAAAUGCAUCCAUAUUGACUCGCACUUGGGCAAGAAGGUGUCUGAUGCUGAUCUUCUGUGCCUGACACAGAAGUCCCCGGGUUCUGUGCAGUGCCUGAGUCUUAUGGGCUGUCUAAGCAUCACAGAUCAGGGAUUGAAAGCUGUUUUAGAAAGUAAUCAACAGUUAACAAAGUUGGGCAUUUUUGGUGCUUUCCGGAUUACUCAUCAAGGUCUUAUUGACAAUCUGAGGUCAUUUAAUAUGGUAGCAGAUAUUGGUUUAAAGAAACUCAGAGUUACAAAUCGUGUCACUGCAUCAGAAGCACAAUAUGAAGAGUUGUUGUCCUUGAUGAAAAUAGACAAGGAGCUGGCAUUACACAAACAAGAGCCUCGGAUCUUUCAUGCUGAUCGUCUUUUACCAGAUCUUCAUGGUGGAUAUGUUCCCGAUUCUUUCGUACCAGAUCUUCAUGAUGAAUAUGCUCUUGAUAUUGAGAAGUGUCCUCUCUGUCCUAAUUACAAGCUUGUUUAUGAUUGUCCAUCAAAGGAAUGCAAGACCAGCGGAGCUAGUACUUGCAGAGGGUGUGUUGUUUGCAUCUCAAGAUGUCUGCGAUGUGGGAGAUGUAUAGACAGUGAGUUCCAAGAGACAUUUCUUCUGGAGAACCUUUGCCGUGACUGUGUCAAAUACGAAGACUCACCCCCCACAGAAAAAUAGAUGUUUGAUUCUGUUAUAUCCACUGGAUGUGAAUGGAUACAGUUAACAUAGCAUUUCUUCUGUUGAUUGAUGCUCCUAUCCAUCAGUCAUCUUGACUGAUUAUUCUAACAAGGAAAAGAAAAAAAAAAGAGAAAGGUAUACCAGUUUGCUAUCGGUGUAGGUGCUCAGAUGAUAUAUUGUUUUUGCUUCCAAGAAAAAGAAAAAAAAACAGUAUAACCCAGAAAACCAGAAGAUGAAAGUAUGGUUUCCCUAUCAGCGUGUCAGCAGUGAGUGGUGGCAACUGACAAUUGCGGGAUGUUUCCUUUUGGAAUAAUGAAGUGCUCAGUGUUGAACUACAACAGUAUAAUUUUUUUUCCAGCCGGUUGCUUGAUGCUGCAUGUUCCUGGGACAUCAGAAGUAAUUGAUUUCAUUGGCCCCAAAAUAAAAUCAGAUGUAUCUAUCUGUCCAAUAUUACCUAUCAACCUGUGUGGCUGCGUGCUAUAUUACUUGACAAUUGACAAAUGUAAUAGUUAUAUCUAGUUGUGUGGCUGCGUGCUAUGUAACUUGACAAUUGACAAAUGUAAUAGUUACUGUCUGGGUAGUGGAAACUUUGUACUACCUAAUUUAUUACAAUAAAUAAAGACAAAACAUCUAACUUAGCUA